AGGACGCUUCCGGGUUCCAGCUUGGCUGUGAAGUGGAAGUGGAGCCAGUCCUGUGUGCCAUUCAACUAAAACUCCUCCAGGAAACUGCGUGGAGCGCUUGGGAAAGCAAGGAAACCGCGGCAUGAAUGCAGUGACCUAUGAUGAUGUGCAUAUUGAUUUUAACUUGGGAAGAGUGGACUUUGCUGAAUCCUUCCCAGAAGAAUCUCUACAAAGAUGUUAUGCUGGAGACCUACAGGAAUCUCACUAUUAUAGGAUACACUUGGGAAGACCAUAAUAUUGAAAAUCAUUCUCAAUGUUCUAGAAGAUAUGAAAGAAUGCAGUUACCUAUGGUGAUGUGCAUGUUGACUUCACUUGGGAAGAAUGGGCAUUGCUGGAACCUUCCCAGAAGAAUCUCUACAAAGAUGUGAUGCUAGAGACCUACAGGAACCUCACUAUUAUAGGAUACAAUUGGGAAGACCAUACUAUUGAACAACAUUGGCAACAUUCUACAUGGUAUGAAAGGCAGAAAAAAAGUCAAACUGGAGAGAAACCUUCUUUAUCUACUCAGUGUCUUAAAGCCCUUGGAUAUGACAGUCAUCUUCAAAGGCAUGAAAGAACAAAUCCUAAAGUGAAACCGUAUGAAUGUAAUCAGUAUGAUAAAGACUUUGUACAUCACAGUCGUCUUCAAAUGCCUAAUAGAACACAUACUGGACAGAAAGCAUAUGGAUGUAAUGAAUGUGAUAAAGCCUUUACAUGUAUCAGUCAUCUUCAAAGGCAUAUAAUAAGACAAACUGGAGAAAAACCUUACGAAUGUAAUCAAUGUGGUAAAGCUUUUGUAUGUCAUAGUCAUCUUCAAAGGCAUAAAAGAACCCAUACUGGAGAGAAACCCUAUGAAUGUCAUGAGUGUGGUAAAGCCUUUUUAUGUAUCAGUGAACUUCAAAGACAUGUAAUGAGACACACUGGAGAGAAACCCUAUGAAUGUAAUCAGUGUAGUAAAGCCUUUGUAUGUAUCAGUGAUCUUCAAAGACAUAUAAGAACACAUGCUGGAGAGAAACCCUAUGAAUGUAAUCAGUGUGGGAAAGCCUUUGCAAGGCAGGGUUAUCUUCAUAUUCAUAAAAGAACACAUACUGGAGAGAAACCCUAUGAAUGUAAUCAGUGUGGGAAAGCUUUGGUAAGUCAGAAAAAUCUCCGAACACAUGAAAGAAUGCAUACUGGAGAAAAACCUUACGAAUGUAAUCAAUGUGGUAAAGCUUUUGUAUGUCACAGUCAUCUUCAAAGGCAUAAAAUAACCCAUACUGGAGAGAAACCCUAUGAAUGUCAUGAUUGUGGUAAAGGCUUUGCAUGUAUCAGUGAUCUUCAAAGGCAUAUAAGAACACAUACUGGAGAGAAACCCUAUGAAUGUAAUCAGUGUGGGAAAGCCUUUAUAAGUCAAAAAAGUCUCCGAACACAUGAAAGAAUGCAUACUGGAGAAAAACCUUACAGAUGUAAUCAAUGUGGUAAAGCUUUUGUAUGUCACAGUCAUCUUCAAAGGCAUAAAAGAACCCACACUGGAGAGAAACCCUAUGAAUGUCAUGAGUGUGGUAAAGCCUUUGCAUGUAUCAGUGAUCUUCAAAGGCAUAUAAGAACACAUACUGGAGAGAAACCCUAUAAAUGUCAUGAGUGUGGUAAAGCCUUUACAAGGCAGAGUUAUCUUUACAUUCAUAUAAGAAUACAUACUGGAGAGAAACCCUAUGAAUGUAAUCAGUGUGGGAAAGCCUUUGCAUCUCACAGUUAUAUUCAAAAGCAUAAAAGAUCCCAUACGGGAGAGAAACCCUAUGAAUGUAAUCAGCAUCGUAAAGCCAUUUGCCCAUCACAGCACUCUUCCAAAGCAUAAAAGGACACAUAACUCGAGAGGACUAUGCUUGUAAUCAUUAUGGUAAAGGAUUUGGUCAUCAUAAUACUGUUCAACAGCGUAAAAGGACACACACUGGAGAGAAAUCCUAUGAAUUUUAUCAGUCAACUUCAAGGCAUAAAAGAACAGAUACUGGAGAGAAACCCUAUGAAUAUAUGUGUUAAAACUUCUGCUCAUUGUGGAGGCCUAAAAUUGUGAGCAUGUAAUCAACCCAAUUAUAAAACGGGGCACUGAGCUGAAUUCUCAACAGAAGAAUGGCCAAAAGACACUUAAGGUCAUGCUGAACUUCCUUAGUGAUCAGGGAAAUGCAAAUCAAGACAACUUUAAGAUACCAUCUUACACCUGUCAGAAUGGCUAAAAUAAAAAACACCAAUGAUAGCCUUUGCUGGAGAGGUUGUGGAGAAAGGGGUACACUCAUCCAUUGCUGGUAGGAAUACAAACUUGUGCAACCACUUUGGAAAGCAAUGUGGUGGUUUCUCAGGAAAUUCGGGAUCAACCUAUCCCUGGACCCAGCAAUAGCACUCUUGGGAAUAUACCCAAGAGAUGACCUAUCAUACAACAAAAGUAUAUGCUCAACUAUGUUCAUAGCAGCAUUGUUUGUAAUAGCCAGAACCUGGAAACAACCUAGAUGCCCUUCAAUGGAAGAAUGGAUGAAGAAAGUAUGGAAUAUAUACAUAUUAGAGUACUACUCAGCAGUAAAAAACAAUGACUUCCUGAAUUUUGCAGGCAAAUGGACGGAAAUAGAAAACACUAUCCUGAGUGAGGUAAGCCAGACCCAAAAAAAGGAACAUGGGAUGUACUCACUCAUAUUUGGUUUCUAGCCAUAAAUAAAGGACAUUGAGACUAUAAUUCGUGAUCCUAGAGAAGCUAAAUAAGAAGGUGAUCCCAAAGAAAAACAUAUAAGCAUCCUCCUGAAUAUUAACCUUCAUCAGGCGAUGAAAGGAGACAGAGACAGAGACCCACAUUGGAGCACUGGACUGAAAUCUCAAGGUCCAAAUCAGGAGCAGGAGAGAAAGCAAGAGCAAGGAACUCAGGACCGUGAGGGGUGCACCCACACACUGAGACAAUGGGAAUGUUCUAUCGGGAACUCACCAAGGACAGCUGGCCUGGGUCUGAAAAAGCAUGGGAUAAAACCGGACUCGCUGAACAUAGCAGACAAUGAGGACUACUGAGAACUCAAGAACAAUGGCAAUGGGUGUUUGAUCCUACUGCAUGUACUGGCUUUGUGGGAGCCUAGGCAGUUUGGAUGCUCACCUUACUAGACCUGGAUGGAGGUGGGAGGUCCUUGGACUUCCCACAGGGCAGGGAACCCUGAUUGCUCUUUGGGCUGAUGAGG